CCGAGAAACAGCGGAGCGCCGGGGCAGCCGCUGAGCGCUCGCUGGCCUCUCUGGCCGCUGUGUGCGAGGGUUUUCGCGGCGUCCAGCGCCGCGCAGAGCCCGCCGAGAGACGGGAGGGAGCCGUGUCUCGCCACGGGCGGAGCGGGCAGGAGCAGAGGAGAGAGCGGGAGCAGGUGUGCCACGGGGAAAGCCAUGCUCUUCCUCUCUCAGGGCUGUGAGCAAAGCCAGAGCCAACGCUGAGAGUGCAGUGAGGGGACAGAGUUGGUGGCCCCUCAGUUCUGCAGGCCGGCUGUGCUGUGCAGCGAGCCCUGGCCCUGCGAGCGUGUGCGCGACCCUCGGCACGGAGGGAGGAUGAGCCGCGGUGCGGGGUGCGCUUCUGGGGACCGUGAUUCCUUCUCUCUCGCGUAUUGCGGUAAAACAUGCUGAGACGACCUGUGGCGGUGUGAAGCAAAAACUAUGGCACAGCUGAUCGGAAGGAGAAGCCUGGCUUGUUUCUGCUUUUGUUUACUGGCUGUCAUGACUUACAAGGUGAAAACGCGAACAGCCAGCCCUGUUUCUCGGGACACAGGCAUGUGGUGAAGAUGCCUCCGAGAGGCAGAGACCGGGCUUUAUCCUCAGAAGCAUCCUUUUGCCUGUGGGCUCCAUUCAUUCACUAAAGACAAGGGCUGCACAACUUGUAUUAUUAGGUGGCAGCAAGGCAGGCGAACUUCGCCAUGGGGUACGACAGAAGCUGGGUGUUGGUGAAUGAAAGCGACCGUGCCCCGUCCCAGGCUGUCACCGGGGCUCUGGAGACGGGGAACGCCUCGGCCGGGCGGAUGGUGUGGCAGGGCGGGAAUGUCAGCGAGGCGGGCGCCGUGGAGAGCGAGGAGCACGGCGAGGAGCAGAGCUACCGGCACUUCACCACCACCGUGCAGGUUGUCAUCUUUGUGGGCUCUCUGCUGGGUAACAUCAUGGUGCUGUGGUCAACUUGCAGAACAUCGUUACUGAAAUCGGUAACAAACCGGUUCAUUAAGAAUUUGGCCUGCUCGGGGAUCUGUGCCAGCCUGGUCUGUGUGCCUUUUGACAUUGCUCUUAGUGCCAGUCCACACUGCUGCUGGUGGAUCUAUACGAUGCUCUUCUGCAGAAUUGCCAAGUUUCUGCACAAAGUCUUCUGCUCAGUGACCAUCCUUAGUUUUCCAGCCAUUGCUCUUGACAGAUACUACUCUGUUUUAUAUCCUCUGGAAAGAAAAAUAUCUGAUGCAAAAUCCCGAGACCUGGUUAUCUACAUCUGGGCCCAUGCAAUAGUGGCCAGCAUUCCAGUAUUUGCUGUGACCAAUGUGUCUGAUAUUUAUGCCAUGUCCACUUGCUCUGAAUCUUGGAGUUACUCCCUUGGCCACCUGAUAUAUGUUAUCAUCUACAAUAUCACCACUGUGAUUGUACCAGUGGCUGUGGUAUUUCUCUUUAUGAUUCUUAUUCGCAGAGCACUGAGUGCCAGCCAGAAGAAAAAGGUCAUCAUAGCUGCACUAAGGACCCCUCAGAAUACAGUUUCUAUCCCUUAUGCCUCCCAGCGGGAAGCUGAGCUCCACGUCAUGCUGCUUUCUAUGGUUAUGGUAUUUAUCUUCUGCAGUGUGCCCUACGUGACUCUGGUGAUUUACCGCACCAUACUCAAUAUUUCAGAUAUUUCAGUCUUCUUGCUCCUCACUGCUAUUUGGUUGCCCAAAGUCUCUUUGCUGGCCAACCCUUUGUUAUUUUUAACUGUUAACAAAUCGGUACGGAAGUGCUUGGUGGGGACAAUAGUGCAGCUGCACCGAAGGUUCAGCAGGAGAAACAUUGUCAGCUCGGGUGGCAUUGCAGAUGAUAAUCUGGAGCCCAGUGUCCAUUCAGGAAGCCAGCUUCUGGAGAUGUUUCAUAUUGGGCAACAACAAAUCUUCAAGCCAAUGGAAGAUGAGGAGAAUGAGACCAAAUCCAUUGGCUCUAGUGACUUUCAACGGAAAGAAAUUCCUAGCACCAGUUUAGAGCUAGGACAGACUUCAGUUCACAGGUUUAUACCACAGACAGUUGAAGACUCUGCAGGUCAGGUGGCCCCAGCUGUGCCCACAGAGGCUGAUACAGUAAAUGACAAGUAUUCCAUGCAGUUUGGUUUUGGACCCUUUGAGCUGCCUCCACAGUGGCUCUCAGAAAACCGAAACAAUAAGAAGCGACUCCUGCCUCCUUUGGGGAAUACCCCUGAGGAGCUAAUCCAGACAAAACAGCCUAAGUGUAAAGCAGAAAGAAAAGUCAGCAGAAACAAUAAAGUCAGUAUCUUUCCCAAGGUGGAUUCUUAGUAAGAGCAGGAGCUUUAAGUGACAGAGGAAGGUCACUUUCUAUUACAUUUUUGAUCCCAUGGAUCUUUAUUAUGUUGAAAUUUGUUACAACCUGAUUUUUUUUGGCCAAAUAUAAGUUAAAUGAACAAACAAAAGAAAAACAUAUAUACAAGUGUUCCUUAUUAAUAUGAAAUACAUAAUGAAAAUAAUAUAUCAAAUAUAUAUGGAAAUUUGUAGUUUGAUCUCUGAAAUCUCUACAAUGAUACCUUGUUAUUAACUUUCAAAAGUACAUAUGAAUUUGGGAACUAUUUUUAUGGCUGAAUAAUGGAAAUACAGCAGUUGGUUUUAUGGGAAACGUUACAUUGUAUUAAAAUGGACUGGGCAUUAAAGUAGCUUAACAGGAAUGGCUGUAGAGAGCAGAAGAUGUGCAGCAUGGUAAGUCCUACUCUCCCACAAACAGACACAGCAAGAUUCUGCACAUUGCAUUAAUGAAGUAGGAUGGACUAUUAUGUGCAUUUGUUUUCUGUUAUGUGCAUUUAUUUGAUCAGUGUUAAAACUUGCUGGAUUUUUUUGCACAAAUUAGUUACCAAGCAUCUGCCAAACAUCUAAAAUAUUUUGAAACCUAAUCCACUGGUUUUUGGCUUAAAACAUCCACAAAGCCAAGAAUACCCAAAUCAUCAUGUGUGUUAAACCCGAGAAAGACCUCUUUUUAUAAAGAUCCCACAUAUAUUCUUGUAGAUUUAAGUAAAAAAUGGAUUGGAGACUAUACAGGACAAAUUCUGACUCCAAUAAACAAAUAUGUAUGUGCUAAGAAUCCUGUGAUAAAGGCAUAUAACAAAUAUGUAUGUGCUAAGAAUCCUGUGAUAAAGGGCAUAUACAAAAUGUCCUUAAAGUGUAAUGUAUGUAUUAAGUAACUAAGGGGUAAGCCUUGAAAUAAACUUAGCUGCUGGUGCA